AUGGGGCGUCUCGUUAAUGGAGCUACUCUCUUGGCUUUGUUAUGUUUCCAUGUUUUUGUAGUAAAUGUUGCAGCGAGAAAUGUUGUGAGCACUAGCAAUGAUGAAGAGGAGAAGACGUUCGUUGGAGGAGGCAAGGGUGGUGGCUUUGGUGGUGGAAUUGGAGGAGGAUCCGGAGGUGGAGCUGGUGGUGGCUUUGGAGGAGGAUCCGGAGGUGGAGCUGGUGGUGGCUUUGGAGGAGGAUCCGGAGGUGGAGCUGGUGGUGGCUUUGGAGGAGGUGGUGGUGCUGGUGGAGGCGGAGGAGGUGGAGGAGGUUUUGGUGGUGGACAUGGUGGAGGUGUCGGAGCCGGUGGUGGCUUUGGUAAGGGAGGAGGAGUUGGCGGUGGUUUCGGAGGUGGGGGUGGACAAGGUGGAGGCGUUGGAGCCGGUGGUGGGUUUGGAAAAGGAGGAGGGAUCGGUGGAGGAAUCGGAAAGGGUGGAGGAUUUGGUGGCGGUAUUGGCAAAGGCGGCGGCAUUGGUGGUGGAAUAGGUAAAGGUGGCGGCAUUGGUGGUGGUAUCGGCAAAGGUGGAGGAGCUGGCGGUGGUUUCGGCAAAGGUGGAGGAGUAGGCGGUGGUAUUGGCAAAGGUGGGGGAGGUGGUGGUGGUUUUGGCAAAGGCGGAGGAGUUGGCGGUGGCAUUGGAAAAGGCGGAGGAGCUGGUGGUGGUUUUGGUAAAGGAGGAGGAGUUGGAGGUGGUAUUGGCAAAGGAGGAGGUAUCGGUGGUGGUAUUGGAAAAGGUGGUGGAAUCGGUGGCGGAAUUGGCAAAGGCGGAGGAGGUGGAUUUGGCAAGGGCGGAGGUAUUGGGGGUGGUAUUGGCAAAGGCGGAGGUAUUGGGGGUGGUGGUGGAUUUGGUAAGGGUGGAGGCAUUGGUGGUGGUAUCGGUAAAGGCGGAGGCAUAGGUGGCGGUAUUGGCAAAGGCGGAGGAAUUGGCGGUGGUGGUGGAUUUGGUAAGGGUGGAGGCAUUGGUGGCGGUAUCGGUAAAGGCGGAGGCAUAGGUGGCGGUAUCGGCAAAGGCGGUGGUAUUGGCGGCGGUGGUGGAUUUGGUAAGGGUGGAGGCAUUGGUGGCGGUAUUGGUAAAGGCGGAGGUUUUGGCGGAGGAGGUGGAUUUGGAAAAGGUGGUGGAAUCGGUGGUGGAAUAGGCAAAGGAGGAGGAUUUGGCGGAGGUGGUGGAUUUGGGAAAGGCGGAGGUAUUGGUGGAGGAGGUGGAUUUGGUAAAGGUGGUGGAUUUGGUGGUGGAGGUUUCGGAGGUUUUGGAGGUGGAGGUGGAGGUGGAGGUGGGGGCGGAGGAGGCGGUGGAUUCGGUCAUCCCUAA